AUGCCUGUAUCGAUUGGCGACGAGUAUUGUUCGUACUCGCCGCGGCCCUUUGUCGUGGCGUCAGCUGCAGUUGCCCCUCCAGCCUUGUCGUCCCCGGCGCCUGCGGCUGUGGGGAUGUCGCCUCUUCCCGGACCUCGAUCUGCGCCGUCAUCCGUGACUCAGGCUGGCCUUGUCCUCGCGCCUGCUGCGCCGCCCGUUCCCGUCGUGGCGUCGUUGUCUGUGCCUGGCUUGGCGCCUGGUCAUGCGCCUGCGUCGUCACCUGCUCCCGCGCUCGCCUCGGCGUCUGCUCCUGCGCCUGCACAAGGCUCGGCUGCGGCGUCUGAUCCUGCGCACACUCCUGCGCCUGCGCCGGUGGUUCCACCUGUCCCCGUGGGGGUGUCGGUGCCCGUGCCUGUGGUUGCGGCGUCGUCUGCUGCUGUUGGAGAAGCCUCCGCUCUGCCACUGGCCGCGCCUGCCGUGGCGCCUUCUGCUGCUGCUGGUGCGGACCCGACUUACCCGCCACCUCCAGCCACCAGCGCCGGCCUGAGCUCGGCGGAGGUUCAGUCGGCUCGCGUGUCGCCUCCGGACGCUCCUGCACCUCUGCAUGCGGCAGCAACCGUGCCGCCUCCGACCGUCCAGGCGGGUCCUGCUCCCGCACCCCUGGCUCCUGUUCCUCCCGCUCAACAUCCUCCGUCCCCGGGCCGUCGGCAGCAUCGGCCUCAUUCCCCUCCGGUGACAAUGGCUGACUUGCAGCGGGUUGUGUCCGACGCGAUGCGCGAGGAACGGAACGGGCAGGCGAGCGUGAGCAAUUCUCCGCGCGUAGCUCCUGCGCCGGUGUCCCUUCCUCCGGCUGCACCACAUGCGCCUGCACCUCCUCAUCACUCGUCUGCCGCUCCUCCUCCACGCGCUCCUGUCGCAUCUGUUGCUCCACGUGGGAACCGUCUGCGCCUGCCGUGGGUUCCUCCUGUGGCGGGCGUGGAGUUCGUGACCUUGGGAGGAGGACCGGUGACUCCGCAGUAUCCGACUCUACUGCCUGUGGCACCUGCUCCUCCAGCUGCUGAUCUUCCGGUACACUCGCUAGUGGGGCCGUCUCCUUCGGCGGAUGUGCCUGAGGCGUCUCUGGGGCAGCUUUGGCGCCUCUCUGAGGGUUUGCGGGCCGUUCACCUGAUCCAGGUGUAUUGUCACGCGGCACUUUCUCGCGGCGUGCCUCUGGAAGGCGGCCCUCUGGACGAGUGCUCGGAUGCCUCUGACCGGCUUGCCGAGCUCCUUGCGCCUGUGUUGGCUGCGCCCGCGCGGGGUGGAGUUGCGGGCGUUGGACAGCUUGGGACUGCGCUCCGUGGACUGCGCCGGGCGAUGCGCGCAGCGACUGCAGUCGACCUGAUCGGCGCAACCACUGUGGUGGUGCGCGAGCUUCAUCGCUCGUUGACUGGGCUCCUUGCUGUUUUUGACGCGGAUCAGAUGUAG